AUGUUCGCGAAAUUUGUUUUAAUUUUGUUCAUUUGUUGGGGUGUUGAAAGUUUCCCCGACGGUGCCCCGGUGGACGCUUGUGUUAAGAGUCGAGCGAAUCAACCGAAUCAUGGACAACAUCGCACACAACCGCUAUCCUCAUUACCUUAUAGAAUAGUGGCUUCAUCUUCUAAUUAUGGACCAAAUUCAAGGAUUUCAGUGACCAUUGAAGGUGCAGAGCCUUUCAAGGGUUUCUUUAUCCAAGCGCGGUCGGUUGAAACGGACAAAUGGCUCGGCUCCUGGGAAGAAACACCGAAUACUACGUUGCUUCCGGAAUGUUCGGCCAUCACUCACGCUGACCCUAAGGAGAAGAUUAGAGCAACACUUGUCUGGAACGCGCCUCAUAAUUCACAUGGCCGCGUGUAUUUCACAGGCACAGUUUUGAAGAAUUAUGGAACCUUUUGGGCGAAUCUUAUAGCAGAGGCACCGCAAGAUCCGGUCGCUUUACAAGUUCUAAUAUAACAUCUGAAUACAAUUUAUUUAUAUAAAUUUAAAUAUUUUUUACUUAUUUUAUGGUCACUUACACUAAAUGAGGAAUUUCAAGAUCACCAAG